AUGGUAGUGAGAAAUAUAGAUGUAAUUUCCGAGAUUUUCACUCCCACUCCUCAAAAGUUUACAUCUUUCUUGCCAACCCUGAACCCCUCCAAGCUUGGUUUUAAUAGAAGUUUGAUUUGUGGGUUUUGUGGGUUUUACAAAUCACCCAUCUGGGUGCCCACAAGACCAAGCUGGAGGGGACACUGUCCUAGUUCUUUAAGUGUCCAUUGUGGCAUUAAUGGACUAAAUGAUGAUGGGUUUUACAUAAGAAGAUGUGUGGAGCUUGCAAGGAAGGCUUUUGGAUUUACCAGCCCCAAUCCAAUGGUGGGGUGUGUUAUUGUAAAGGAUGGGAAAAUUGUUGGUGAAGGGUUUAACCCUAAAGCAGGCCAACCUCAUGCUGAGGUGUUUGCCUUGAGGGAUGCCGGUGAUUUGGCAGAAAAUGCUACAGCAUAUAUCAGCUUGGAACCUUGUAAUCAUUUUGGAAAAACUCCUCCUUGUACUGAAGCUUUAAUCAAAGCCAAAGUGAAAAAAGUUGUGAUUGGAAUGGUGGAUCCAAAUCCUGUUGUGGCCUACAAAGGGGUGGCUAGGUUGAGAGAUGCAGGAAUUGAAGUUGUUGUGGGUGUAGAGGAAGAAUCAUGCAAGAGCCUCAAUGAGACUUACAUUUAUAAUAUGUUAACUGGAAGUCCUUUCCUUACUUUAAGAUAUUCUCUAUCAGUUGAUGGGAAAUUUUUGGACAUACUAGGAGAUGGAGUGAUGGACUGUGGGGAAUACUAUUCGCGUUUAUUGCAAGAAUAUGAUGCAGUAGUACUUUCUUCUUCCUUGUUCGGUGAAGAUUUCUUUGUUCCUGCAUCUGAAGAACCUGGAGCCAAUCAGGCACUUCACAUUAUAAUACAAAAAUGUACUAGUUCUUAUCAAAUUCCUCAAGUCAUCAAUGAAUUUACUGGUAAUAUGGUGCUUCUAACAGAUAGUAGGAUACCCCCAGAUAUGGCUCAACAAGGAAUUGAAACUGUUGUUGUGGAUCAGAUAAAUCUGAAUGUGAUCUUAGAUUAUUGUAAUCGUCAAGGUUUAAACAGUGUCCUAUUGGAUUUUAGGGGGAAUUUCAGCGAGUUUGAAGAACUUGCUAAGGAAGGUAUUGAGAAGAAAUACUUUAAUAAAUUUGUGACAGAAAUUUUGCCAGUUUGGAAUGGAUGUUCUAAGAUGGAUUCUCUAAUGCCAUUGAAGAGUUUAAAGCAAGGAAUAGAAGUGAUAAAUUUACAGUCCAAGGCCUCAGAUCAAAGUGUUGUACUUGAGGGAUAUUUUAAAUUUUAA